GAGAAACAUGUAUCGUUUCCGAUUACAGCUCUUCACGGGGAUUUCUGCUGCCGCCACCGCCCACUCUUACCCCCGCCGCUUCUCGCCUCUCUUGUUAGCCGAAGACUCGCCUUUCAGCCGCCUGCCGCACAGACGCACGAGUAAAAAGUGCAGCUCCAUCGGCUGAUCCUCACUAAGCUCCGAAUUUAGGCGGCACCGGGCGUCCCACGAUGCCGAAGAAUAAGAAACGGAACACUCCCCACCGCGGUGGCAAUGGUGGAGGCGGCUCAGGGGCAGCUGCAGCGACGGCGGCGACAGCGGGUGGCCAGCAUCGAAAUGUUCAACCUUUUAGCGAUGAGGAUGCAUCGAUUGAAACAAUGAGCCAUUGCAGUGGUUACAGUGAUCCUUCCAGUUUUGCUGAAGAUGGACCAGAAGUCCUUGAUGAGGAAGGAACUCAAGAAGACUUAGAGUACAAAUUGAAGGGAUUUAUUGACCUGACGCUGGAUAAGAGUGCGAAGAUAAGACAGGCAGCUCUUGAAGGUAUUAAAAAUGCACUGGCUUCAAAAAUGCUUUAUGAAUUUGUUCUGGAAAGAAGAAUGACUUUAACUGAUAGCAUUGAACGCUGCCUGAAAAAAGGUAAAAGUGAUGAGCAGCGUGCAGCUGCGGCGUUAGCGUCUGUCCUUUGUAUUCAGUUGGGCCCUGGAAUUGAAAGUGAAGAGGUUUUAAAAACUCUUGGACCGAUCUUGAAGAAAAUAAUUUGUGAUGGAACAGCUAGUAUCCAGGCGAGGCAAACUUGCGCAACUUGCUUUGGUGUUUGCUCUUUUAUUGCCACAGAUGACAUUACUGAGCUGUAUUCAACUCUGGAAUGUUUGGAAAAUAUCUUCACCAAGUCCUAUCUCAAAGAGAAAAAUACUAAUGUUGUUUGCAGCACCCCUAAUACAGUGCUUCAUAUUAGCUCACUUCUCGCAUGGACAUUAUUACUGACCAUAUGCCCAAUUAAUGAAGUGAAGAAAAAGCUUGAGAUGCAUUUCCAUAAACUUCCAAGCCUCCUCUCUUCUGAUGAUGUAAACAUGAGAAUAGCUGCUGGUGAAUCUUUGGCACUUCUCUUUGAAUUGGCCAGAGGAAUGGAUAGUGACUUUUUUUACGAAGACAUGGAAUCUUUGACUCAGAUACUUAGGGCUUUGGCUACAGAUGGAAAUAAGCACCGGGCCAAAGUGGACAAGAGAAAGCAGCGAUCGGUGUUCAGAGACAUCCUGAGGGCGGUGGAGGAACGGGAUUUUCCAACAGAAACUGUUAAAUUUGGUCCUGAACGCAUGUAUAUUGAUUGUUGGGUCAAAAAACAUACCUAUGACACCUUUAAGGAGGUUCUUGGAUCGGGGAUGCAGUACCACUUGCAGUCAAAUGAAUUUCUUCGCAAUGUAUUUGAACUUGGACCCCCGGUGAUGCUUGAUGCUGCAAUGCUUAAAACAAUGAAGAUUUCUCGUUUUGAAAGGCACUUAUAUAAUUCUGCAGCCUUCAAAGCUCGAACAAAAGCUCGAAGCAAAUGUCGAGAUAAGAGAGCAGAUGUUGGAGAAUUCUUCUAGAUUUUCAGCACUUGAAGACUACUUUCUAAUUUCUAAUUUUUUCCCUUUUUUUUUUUUGUAACUUUCAAUGUAUUUAAACUCUAGAGGCAGUUUUUAUCUUGGGUCAACAUAGGUUUUGUAGCAGAGGUUAUAUUACUUAUAAUUUAAUGUACAGUGUUGCAAAUGGUGAAUUCUGAUUAUUGAAUAGUCUCUGAAUAUAAUCUGUAAACAUGAAUAAAGUAUUUGUAGUGUUUGGUCAUUUUCUGUUAUGAAGAGAGCAGAAAUUGGAGAUUUCACAUGAUUUCAGGAAGAGAAAAAACUCUUGGCCAAGGUUAAAAUUUCUUAUGCUGUGGUUGUCAGAAAUAUUGAUUGUAAUAAUAUAGAUAUACAAGGUAUUUAACUUAAAAUCUUAGACAAAUGAGUUUUGGAUACAAUUUUGGGAGAUGGUUCUUCUGGAAAUGCUGCUAUAUUUUUAAUUUCAAAUGAAACCUAAUAAUUUUAAUUUUGUCACUGGGAUCAACAAAGGGAAUCAUACCGUGAGACCUUACAGCUGCGCUUAAGUGCAGUCCAGCUAUUGGGAGUUCAUGAUGAGUUAGCAUAUGCCAGAAAGGGUGCUAACCUUGACCUCUGAGGGCAGUAACACUAGUUUUAUCUGCUGUGUAAGACCUUGUACUCUUUAUUUUGAAAUAAAAAUCUUUUCACACUAAAA